CAAAUCAGUGAGUGAGAUGUCUCUCACCAACUAAUCUCAAAUAAAUAGUUUCCCUGUCUGCUCAUAAACUGAGAGACAGUGGAUCCAGCAGUCUAAAGUCACACUGGGAUGAAAAAGUUAUCCCUUUGAAAGGUGGUUUAAUACUCUCUCAGGGCUGGAAACUAAAGUUUUUCAAUUGUGACUCCGUCCCACCGAGGGACCAGCUCACUCUGCCCCACAGAGAGCUCAACCCUACCACUCUGGGACUGUGCUGAAGAUUUUAAGAGGGAUAUCACGUCUCAUACUCUGAAGAAUUUGAGAGGAGUUUUUUUCUCCCUCAAGAGCAGGGAGGUAUUUUUUAUAAAGAAUGGGAGACUAUGAUGAAGACACUGCAUUCCUCGGACAGACUGGUCCUUAUUUCUGGACCACAUUCUUCCUCCUAAACACAGUUUUUGUCUCAACUGGAUUCAACGGACUUUACAUUGUCUUUGUUGGGGCAGCUCCAAAACACCACUGUCUCAUUCCAGACAUUAACUUGACUGAGGAGUGGAGAAAUGCCAUCAUUCCCUUUACGAUAGUGGAUGGUGAGGAGGUGCAGAGCCAAUGCAGCAGAUAUAUUCUGGAUGUGGUGAGAAAUCUCUCCGCUGAAGGAUAUAUUCCUGGAAGGGAUGUCAACCUCACUAACCUGGAGCAGGAGGGAUGUUUAGAUGGAUGGAACUACAGCAAAGAGAUCUACCAAUCCAACAUAGUCACUGAGUGGGACCUUGUUUGUGACAACCAAUGGAAAGUUCCAUUUGCAUCCUCGACUCUCUUUGUGGGAUACCUUGUUGGGUCGCUAAUCUCUGGCCAGCUUUCUGACAGGUUUGGAAGGAAGAAGGUUGUUUUCAUCUCUCUUGCAGCGCAGUGCAUCUCGGUCCUGCUUCAGUCCUUCUCUGGUUCAUGGAGGAUGUUCUGUAUCAUGUUCCUCUUUGUUGGAGCCUCCCAGAUUUCCAUCUAUAUUUCUGCAUUUGUACUAGGAACGGAGGUGUUAAGUAAAACUAUGCGAGUAGUCUUCACAACUCUCGGGGCCUUUCUUUUUUAUUGCCUUGGGUACAUGACACUACCCUGGAUUGCAUAUGGCAUCAGAGAAUGGAGGACUCUUCUUGCCAUUCUGUCCACAAGUGCUGUGGUCUACAUACCGCUGUGGUGGUUCAUCCCAGAGUCUCCUCGGUGGCUGAUCACUCAGGGAAGAGUGGAGGAGGCUGAGGCCAUAGUGAGAGAUGCUGCAAGGAAAAAUAAAGUUGAGGCACCACUGGUCAUUUUUAAAGAGUCUGAGGGAACGUCUCCAAGCAGGACAUACACCAUGCUUGAUAUUCUGAAAUCCAAGAACAUCAGAUGCAUCACACUGAUGUGUCUCCUUUUGUGGAUGGCAAUAAACAUUGGAUAUUUUGGAUUAUCCCUGAACACCUCCAACCUGAGUGGCGACCCCUUCAUGAACUGUUUUCUAUCAGCUACUACUGAGGUCCCUGCCUACGUUGUUUCUACUUGGCUGCUAAGGAAAUGUCCAAGAAGAGCACUUCUGUCAUCGUUCCUGGUCAUUGGAGGAGGAGUUCUUCUUCUCAUCCAGUUCAUCCCUGAUUCCCUUCAGUAUGUUGCUCUGGCAUUGGAAAUGACUGGGAAGUUUGGCUUCACCAUGGCCUUCAGCAUCGUCUACAUCUACACCGCUGAGAUUUACCCCACUGUACUCAGGAACGUCGGCAUGGGAAUGUGCUCCUCUGCUGCACGCAUUGGCAGUAUAACAGCUCCUUAUGUCAUCUAUUUAGGUACUUAUAAUAAGGUUCUGCCUUAUAUUCUCAUGGGAAGUCUAACAAUUGCUUCCUCUGUGGUGAACUUCUUCCUUCCGGAGACCCUCAAUAGAGAUCUUCCAGAAACAAUGGAGCAGAUGCAAGAAUGUCAGGGGUACAUGCAUUUCACUCAGGUUGUGUAAUGGACCCAAAAAGAAGAAAUAUGUAGAAAAUGGAGGAGGGGUCAACCCACCCAUACAACGUGAGGUCAAAUCUGAUGUGCAAGCUCUUACUCCGUAGUUUUUCUCAAUGGCCUUUCUUCACUUUUAAGACAGACAGAGAGACAGAAAGAACAUUUCUCUUGCUUGAAAGUAAUAAUCUGAAUAUAAAAUCCAAAACAUGCACAGUGGGAUCCAAAAGUACACUGUGAAGUACUGUUGUUUUUUUAAAUCAUUUUUUAAAAACUCUUUUUUUUUUCUCAAUUGAUGAUGUAAUUCAAGUUGGAGUUUUUUAAAUGUUGUAAAGAAAAAUUUUUAGAUUUUAAAAGUUUUGUAUGAAAUUGAAAUACAUGUCUGAUUGGUCUCUAUUUUUUGCCACACAAUACAUGUAAUUAAAAUAAGAAGAUAUGAACCCUCCUAAUGCA